AUGGCCAGCAACUUGCCGAUGAGUCCUCAGUUGGAGCAGAUCCAUGGUGAAAUCCACGAUAAUUUUCGAGCCCUCGCAAAUGGCUUCCAGAAGCUGGAUAAGAUCAAAGACUCCAAUAGACAAAGUAAACAGCUGGAAGAACUUACAGGAAAGAUGAGGGAAUGUAAAAGACUAAUCAAAGAGUUUGACCGUGAAAUCAAGGAUGAGGAGAGCCGAAAUCCUCCUGAUGUGAAUAAACAACUCAAUGAUGAGAAGCAAUCUAUGAUCAAAGAGCUGAAUUCAUAUGUUCAAUUGAGAAAAACGUUUAUGAAUAGCCUUGGAAACAAGAGAGUCGAACUCUUUGAUAUGGGAGCAGGAGUUAGUGAACCAACUGCUGAUGACAAUGUUCAAAUGGCUUCAGCUAUGUCAAAUCAAGAACUAAUCAAUUCUGGGACGAAAACAAUGGAUGAGACAGAUCAGGUCAUUGAACGCUCUAAAAAGGUUGUUGAGCAAACAAUUGAAGUGGGAACUCAAACUGCAGUUACCUUAAAGGGCCAAACUGAACAAAUGGGCCGCAUUGUGAAUGAGCUGGACACAAUUCAGUUUUCAAUUAAGAAGGCCUCCCAGCUUGUGAAAGAGAUUGGUAGACAGGUGGCAACAGACAAGUGUAUCAUGCUUUUUCUUUUGCUUAUUGUAAUUGGUGUAAUAGCAAUUAUUGUUGUGAAGAUUGUGAACCCUGGCAACAAAAACAUCCGGGAUAUCCCUGGAUUGGCACCGCCUGCUGCAAGGAGGCUUUUGUCACUGAGUACUCUGCAACAGUUCGAAUAG